AUGCUCAUGGCAGCGUUGAUGGGUGGAGUUCCAGAAGCUGUAGUCUGGCAUUUAGUGGGGGAAGGGGCCAAAAAGGGUCACGCCAAUCCAUGGAUACUUUUUUUAGCCUUUUGCCUUCUUCCGCUAGAAGAGAAAUUGCCUGCGCCAGGCGACAAGGCAGGCUGGACCCAUCAUAAUCAAGAAGUUUCCAAGAUGUGGAAAAAUCUCAGCAAAGAUGAGAAGGAUGUCUUUCGAGACCCUUACUUCUUUGCUUUGGCAAACUUACCCGACCUCUCAAAUGUGCCUGGUGGAGACGACGACUUACCCGAUACCGACGAUGGAGACAAAACCCCCCUUCAGCAUCUUGAUCAAACGACUAACGCUCCGCAGCUCCAUGUAUGUCACGGCAAACCGGCUCCUUCAACAUCUGUAGCCACAAUCCAGAAAAAGUCAUUUGUAGAGCUUCGAAAAGCUCAUCAUGCUUUUGCUGUGAUAUGUCAGCAAUAUCAAGUUACUUACUAUCUAGCUGCAGUCAGUUGUGGAAGUACCGAAGGAUGGACGCAGGUUUUUUCGAAUAACUCAAAUUUUGCCAAGUGGGCGCACGACGAUGUCAAGGUCCCGCAAACACUAUCUUCUUACAUCCACGGUCAAUCCGCUGCAAAAAUAGUCAAGGGUCCCAGCAAGCCUCAACAGCCAAGUGAUGAGCGUAAGAGUCGGCUAGGAAAACAGCUCAACGGUCUAGUUGAUGUGAUUUUUCGAGGUCAUAAAUUUCCCAAGUGUGGAUUCCCUGAAGAAGAAAUGAAGGAGAGAGGCUUAUCGGUCCGACUUGUACAAAAGGAGGGCAGUCUCUUAUCAAAGGAGGAGCUUGAUGCUGGCCAUCAUCGAGCAAAGGGUCCUACAAUCAAAUCAUGGCUGGAGGACAUCAAAAACGGGGUCUUUUUAGUUGAACGUGUUGAACGUACUUCAGAAUCGGGAAUGAACAAGGAAUCUGUCCCAAAACAACAAACUCGAAAAAUCUCAAAACAAACUCAGUCUUCAACUCAAAUCUCAAAUGCUACACAACCUCAGCCAUCAACUUCAGGUACUCAAACAACUUUAGAACCUGGUCAAGGAAACUCUCAAUUGAAGCGUAAGUUACAAGAACUGGCAAAGGGCGAUCCACACUCUCAACCGUUGAAACGUAUCAAGAAAAGCAAGAACAAGAAUAAACGUCGACAACACGCUGAUGAAUCUGAUACUGCUGAGGAAUCUGACACUUCGGAUGAAUCUGAUUCCUCUACGCCUAAAGGAUCUGAUACCGAUGACAAUGAUAUUGACCACUCUGAUUCUGACUUAUGCAACUGGGAACUUAUCAAAGAUGCUUUUGCCAUGACAUAUCAAGUGGUGCUUUUUACAUGA